AUAGCCAUCGUUUUUUUUUGUCGAUUUGUUGCUCUGAUAAAUUUGUUAAAUUUAUUUAGCUAUAAAAAACUUAUAAUUUCUCCCGCAAAAAGCGAAGAAGAUCGAAGGCAAAAAAAGGUCUCUCAUUGUCGGUUCUCUCAGAAAAAAAAUAAUAUUUGCACAAGUUUCUUUCAGUGCAGUGUGGUAAUUAGGUAGAGUGAAAUGAUGAGGCUGCAAACCUAUGCUGGUCUCAGUUUAGUCGCGAUGCUAGCUGUUAUUUACCAUGCAUUCAACAGUAGAGGCCAGUUUUAUCCUGCUAUGGUGUAUUUAUCAACCUCUAAGAUCAGCUUGGUGCUGCUUCUCAACAUGGGGCUUGUAUUUAUGUGCAUCUUAUGGCAAAUAACCAAAAAGAUAUUCCUCGGGUCCCUUCGUGAAGCUGAGGUUGAACGGUUGAAUGAGCAGUCGUGGAGAGAGGUUAUGGAGAUCCUCUUUGCGAUCACUAUUUUCCGUCAGGACUUCUCGGUUACGUUUCUUGCUAUGGUUACUGCUCUGUUGUUAAUCAAGGCUUUGCAUUGGUUGGCACAGAAAAGGGUUGAGUACAUUGAGACGACCCCUUCUGUUCCUAUGUUGUCUCACAUUCGGAUUGUUUCUUUUCUGGGUUUCCUUCUUCUUCUAGAUUGUCUGUUUUUGUCAAGUUCUAUCAAGUUUCUGAUCGAAACACGGCAAGCUUCAGUUUCCCUAUUCUUUGCGUUUGAGUACAUGAUUCUGGCUACGACAAUAGUGUCAACUUUUAUAAAAUAUGUUUUCUAUGUGAGUGACAUGCUUAUGGAAGGACAAUGGGAGAAGAAGGCUGUCUAUACCUUCUACUUGGAGCUCAUUCGGGACUUGCUUCACUUGUCUAUGUAUUUAUGCUUCUUUCUUGCGAUUUUCAUGAACUAUGGUGUACCUCUGCACUUAAUACGGGAGCUAUAUGAAACCUUUAGGAAUUUCAAAAUUCGUGUUGCUGAUUACAUGCGUUAUAGGAAGAUCGCUUCAAAUAUGAAUGACAGAUUCCCAGAUGCAACCCCUGAAGAGCUCGCUGCAAAUGAUGCAACAUGUAUUAUAUGCCGUGAAGAGAUGACCACAGCAAAGAAGUUGAUAUGUGGACAUCUUUUUCAUGUGCACUGUCUUCGAUCAUGGCUGGAGAGACAGCAUACCUGCCCUACAUGUAGAGCUCUCGUUGUACCACCUGAAAACGGAACAAGUUCAUCUGGAGGGCAACAUGGACCUUGGUCAGAUGCUCAAGGACAAGGGUCUGGCACAGGCUCGGCUCGACAAGGUUCUGAUGGUGACAUGGCUGCUGAUAAUUUGACCCAGCAUCAGGCCAGGCUUCAGGCUGCUGCCACUGCAGCAUCAAUAUAUGAGAAAUCCUAUGUCUAUCCAUCUGCAAACACUCUAGUUUGGUCUCCUGGAUAUGCUGUACUUCCCAAGGCUUAUUGGCAACCGGAUGACUCCACGAAGGGCGAAUCUAGUGGGGAGACCACAUCCACCGGAGAACAAUUUGUCAUUCCUGGUGGACAAUUCAACUUGUCCUUUCCACGGUUCCCACAUUGUGCUUUUGUUCCUUUCCAAUUGCCUCGUGUUACUGGAAACAUGGGAGAGGCAUCGAGUAGUAAUCUGCACAUUCCAGAUUCUCAGUUGGAAGCUCAGAAGAAGAUCAUUCAGCAACAGAUUGAGGUGCUACAAAAUCAGCUCCAACUCCUGCAGAUGCAGAAGCCGAAAACUGAAGAAAGUGUGGACACUGGUCCCACAGCCUCGUCGGACAGAAAAGGGAAGACAAUUUCUUCUUCUUCAGGAGAUUGAAGAAAGUACGUACCCUUUUGGCAACUGUAAUAUUUUUUGUUUUUGUUUUUACAUUACAUCGGAACACCGCAUUACUAACAUUCUUGCCACUAGGCGAAGAUAUUUUACGUCCUUA